UCGGAGUGCGCUAUAUACAUGUAUAUACGCAGCUCGAUUAUGACGGAGAAUCGUUCUAUUCGUAGACAUGGGAAUUCCUAAUAUUCGUAAGUCAGCUAGCUCAGCGGCGCGGCCUGGCUUGCAAAGUUGCAACUUGCAAGUAAAGUAAGCUGGCGCGCCCACACGUCGACGGUCCAUUUACGCGUGAUGAUCUGCACAUAUGAGGCCUAAUCAAUGGAGCAACCGGGUCAACUACAGUCGAUCUUCGCAGGCUUAGUCUGCGGGGUGGGGUUCACACUCCUGCUGCUCUUUUGGAGGACCGAGCGGAGUGCAGGCAGGAGAAAGUUUAAGAAACGAAAACUGGGCAAAGCUGAUGAGCCCGUAACUUACAACCUCAGGGCUGGCCAGGGAGGACCAGCUCUUCGUGGAAAGAUUGCCAAACUUGGAUUGUGGCUUGUUAAUUCGUAUUUUGGCAGGGUCAGCGGAUUGAAGGACUAUCUUAUGAAACAGGGAAAUGUGUUUUUCUUUCGAGACAUCUUGAUGGAGGACCCACCCACAGUGUACCCUCUGAUUGCUUGGGAGAGGCAGAGAGAGGAUGGGAGCGGGGGUGGGAAUGGUGGUAGAGUAGACCUGGAGCCCCUGCUGGUGAGCGAGAAUAAGAGGCAGGAAUCAGACUUCCGCUUCAGAGAGAUAAAGGAUUACUACGAUGGAUACAGAUCUGGUAAGUUAACUCCAAGCAAGGUAGCAGAGAACAUAAUUGCUGCUAUUACAAGGUCAGAGAACAUGGAGCCCAAACUCAGGGCGUUUAUAGAGUACAACACCGAUGAAAUCCGCAAGGCAGCUAGAGAGUCAACUGAACGGUUUUCCAACAAGCAACCACUUUCAGUCCUGGAUGGCAUACCAAUUGGUGUUAAAGAUGAGAUUAGGGUGGCUGGGCAUCACCUGCGACAGGGGUCAACUUUCAUGGGCCAAUCUGUCAGCGAGGAGGACGCAGUGGUCAUCAGCCGGCUCAGAGCUAGUGGUGCCGUCAUCGUGGGUGUGACAAACAUGCAGGAGAACGGCAUGGGAACAACCGGAAUCAACAUCAGCAAGUACCAUGGGACACCUCGUAACCCAUACAAUGUGAAUCACUUCACUGGUGGAAGCUCUAGCGGCUCUGCGGCUGCCGUUGCUGCAGGACUGUGUCCGGUUGCCAUGGGUACAGAUGGCGGUGGCUCGGUUCGCAUACCUUCCGCCUUUUGCGGGGUGGUGGGCUUCAAACCAACAUUUGGCCGGGUCACAUGGCAGGGGUCCCCCAUCACGUUUACCACCGUAGCUGCUCAGGGCCCGCUCUGCACCAGUGUGAGGGAUGCUGCCAUCAUGUACGCCGUGAUAUCCGGGAUUUCUCCUUGUGACAAGUAUCCCAUGGUGCCUCCCCCCAUGGAUCUGGACGGAUUUAAUGAGUCUGACCUGAAGGGCUUACGCCUGGGAAUCGACAAGGCUUACUUCAAGCAUGCUGAUCCAGAAAUUGUGAUUUGCUGUGAAAAAGCUGUGAGGUUCUUGGAAUCCCGCGGAGCUGAAGUGGUCAGUAUACAGAUUCCGGAGCUGGAGGAGGCGAGAACGGCCCACCUCCUGACCAUACUGUCCGAGAUGAGAUUCAACCAGCAGGAAUCCUUCUGGAACCAGCUCGACGAGCAGUAUUUUGAGAAUGCAGCUUUAAUGUCCAUGAUCGAAAGCAUGACGAUAACGGAUUUUCUCCAGGCGCAACAGCAGAAGACGCGAACCAUCACUUUUCUGAAGGAAAUCUUCAAACAAGCGGAUGUUAUCUUGACCCCUGGUUGUGCCGUUCUAGCCCCCAAAAUCAAUCCAGUUUAUCUCAAAGAAGGCUUCACCGACACGAAACUGACUACAGAUAUUAUGAGAUACGCGUUCCUGGCCAACUUCACCGGUCUGCCCGCCCUGGUCGUGCCCGUUGGCUACAGCAUGCAGGGCCUGCCGAUUGCCCUGCAGAUCCAAGGGGCCUGGUGGCAGGAGAGCAAGGUGCUGCGGGUGGGCCGAGUCGCCGAGGAGUUCCUGGAGCACGUCCGGAAGCCCCAGGCCCACUUCCAAAUACUGGACUAGGGCAUAGAUGUGGAAAUUGAUCAGAGAAAAGAGGAUGAAAACAAGUUUUGUAUGAAAAACAAUCCCCCAGAAUUUUCCCCCAUUCCACUGCUGACAGAUUGUCAGUUUGCCGCUGACCAGUACUUGCCCACCUCCCAUCAUGGAGACGCCCAUGGUCAUAGAGCCACUUUAAAUCAAUAGAGCUUAUUCUCGCUUCCAAACUUGAAAAGUUCACUGGCGCCAAGAUACAUUUGUAAAAAAAAAAAACAUGUCGUAUAAUUAUAAGAAAACAAAAAAACCCAGCAAACGUAGUGCUAGGGUUAGGCAAUAAGAGUACUCAAUUUGAAAUUGAUCUUAUCAAUUGUGUACCGACUACUCACGAAAGGAGCAGUAUACUACUAACACGGUCGCGUGUGAAACGAUGUUUUUUCAAGAUGUUUCCAUUUCAACAUGAAUCACUCUCCUGGGCUGAAGUUUUGACCGAAUGACCCCUUAUGAGAAACACUUCAAUUUGCGACAGAUUCUUACACGUUAAAAAUUUCUCCUUUUUGAGCGAUUUCCAAAUAUCAGCUUCGUGAAAUCCUUGUGGAGACCUAUACACCUUGUGAAAUUCACGUAGAGCGGUCACUCGCGUAAUGUGAAUGGCCUUUCACUCCAGCGAUGAUUCAGUUUGGAACUUUCUACCGGGUGUCACUGUUGGUGAAUCCGCCACAGCAGGAAGCGAGGCCUUCAGCUCAUGAGCACGUGAUCUUGAGCAUUGUUAAUCUGGUUCUUCCGGUUUAUUGUUUCCCUAAUCACUUUUCAAGAAAUUGUGAGUCUCAAUUCUGCGCGUUUUUGUCCUUAUUGUACAAGACUAGCGGGCACCGAUUCGCAGUGUUCCUCGGCAAUUUUAUUAAAAAAAAGUCUCAAAUUUGGAUUGUUUUCCAGGCACCCUUGACAUUGCCAACUGCAUCCAAACCAUUGUAAUGCAGAUUGAUGCUGAAUGUAGGUUUCAAUGUUGCUGUGAUGUGCAUUUCCUCGUUAUGUAUAAUCAUUUUGGUUUUCUCGUGUAGUGUGUCGCUGGGGUCUAACCCGAUUUAGGAAGAACCCCCCAAAAAAUACAAACAAACAGUCCAGUUCGACAAAAUAAGUAAUCAAAUAUUCAGAAACACAAAUGGUGUGUCAGUGGCGAUUCCAAUCCGAUGCAGAAAAGGAGAGCGAGGCACUGUACACCAGAGCAAGGAAUGGAAGGCCUCACCCUUGCACAGAACCCAUCACCUCCGGCCAGGCUUUUGCCCUCUACAUUGUUUUAUCUCAAAUAAGAAAACCAUGCCUGACACGGGGGCCACACCACAGAGGGUAAAUCGAAAAAAGAAAUAUGCUGAGGCGGCAUGUCCACCCUGAGAAACAGUAGACUUGCCCUAGUCAUAUACAAAUUGAUAAAAUCGUGGCAAAUUUUGGGGUAAUUUGGGAGGUAUGACAAGUGUAAUCUGUAGUCAUUAAAACCUGUGACAUUUUAUCCAUUCCUAUUAGUCAAGAGCCCAUCUCCUGGCCGAUUUUCAACGGUUAAUAAAGCACUGGCUGGCUGAUAAUAAAAACACUCUCCCAGUGUCCAUGAGGUUAAGACUCGUGUGAAAUCGGGUCCCUGUUCCUAAGUAGUUGAUUGAGCGUUCACAACCCUCACUUGUGCAUGCGCAAAACUACAGUGAGUCCGCAUUGUGAGGAUGCUCGAUAUACAUGCACACGACACACGGGCUGUUAGCGUUCUUGGCCAGUGUGUGCUAUUCGCAAGGAUGUCAUUACUACUUGCAAGAGGCGCAUACCGUAACAUGGCUGGAGAGAUGCCAGGGGAAAAGAAGUAAAACUGUUUGACGAAAUCGUUGAAAAUUUAUCUUUUUUUUUUUUACUGUUUAAAUUUGAUUUUCUGAGUCUAAAGCUUUUUAUGAACGGGAAUAAAUGCAUGUGCUGGUUGCAUGGCCUGAAAUGUCCUGAGCCACAGGCAAGAGACAUAAAUCAG